AUGCUUGGGGGUCUUUCCUCCCUCCCCCGGAGCAACAGGGAGGGAUCUAUUUGUUCUGCAGAUGCGGGUGCUGCUGAGCAGUUUUGUUUGGCCGCGCUCUUAGCGGAUGUGACGACAACGCCCGUAUUCACGCAGGUCGUUUCCCUGGAAAGUGUCCCCCGUCAGUGGGCCCUUAGGUGGGGGCCCCUAAGAGGGCCUUCGGCUGAGAGCCCCCGUAUCGGAGCUGCAGCGCAAAGCCGCAUGUGUCGCUUAGAAGCCCCCACAGGAGCAGCACACCAAGAGGAGCAGCAGUGGCUUGCGCGUAAUUCAACUUAUCUGUCGGCUUUGACUGCGUUGCGCGCUUCUUCGCUCUCUUCUUUGCACGCCGUUGUGGUGUCCACUUCCCGUCACUGGCAAAACUACCGGCAUGCAGCCAAUGCACUCUCCUUCUACUCUAUUUUGAAGCAGCAGGGCCUAAGGGACUCGAACAUCGUGCUCAUGCUUGCCGGGGCUGACGGGCCCUGUACUGCCAGAAACCCUUUUCCUGCUGGGGUGUACAGACACCCCAGCCGAAAGCACAACCUCUUCGGAGGGCACAACAUCUGCGCAGAGAAACUCAAAAGGCGCAUUCAGCAACGCAUCGAGAAGCAACACCAAGAUCAGGAGGGGCCACAGGAGCAGCAUCAGGACUUACAUGCAGAGAUUUUCUCUUCCCGUAGUUUUUCCAAGUGCGCUGCGGGGGCAUUGGGGUGGGAGGGAGCUGAAGUCGACUACGGAGGAGAUGACGUGACAGUGGCAGCCCUUUUAGGGGUUCUUACGGGGAUGCAGCCUCCCCAAACCCCCAGAAAGAGGCGCCUUCACAGCGACCAGGAGAGUGGCGUGAUCGUGUUUCUGUCUGGCCACGGGGGCGACCCUUUUUUGAAGUUUAGCGAUUGGGAGGUGCUUCAACAGCAGCAGCUGAGUGAUGCAGUCGCAAUAAUGGCUUCUUUGGGGCGUUUUAAGCGGAUGCUGCUAAUUGCUGAGACCUGCCAGGCCGCCACGCUGCUUGCAGGUGUGCAGACACCUGGCGUGCUGCGAAUCUCUUCCUCCCUCAAGGGAGAAAGCAGCUAUUCCUACGGGGGAGACUUCCUCAUGGGGGCGUCGCUGAUUGACAGGUGGACUCAUUCUGUGAAUAACUUUUUGUACAAACAAGCAAACGCCGACUUUGCUGCGGUAGCGGCUAGCGCUUUCUCAACUGAGAACGACGUUUGCACGAACAGCAGUGAAUGUAGCGGCAACAGCAGCAGCGAGUACAUCGGAAGAAUGGGUGUGGGUCGUUUGUUACCGCCAGUAUCCUCCCUCCUGGAGAGCUUGGAGCCGUCUUUUUUAAUGUCGCAUUGCGGCGUCGAGGAGGAAAGAGUUCCCGGGGUCCGCCUCCCCUCACUUACUGAGCAUCCAUUGGAGGAUUUUUUUUCAGAAAGAAAGAAGCCAUAUGCAUUCAAUUUCAGGUACCCGCUUGCGCCUGCCGGUGGUAGCCAGGCUGCAGAAGCACAGAUUGGAGCAGCAAGACCGCUUGCACUCUGGAGCUCUGACGCAAUCAGAUUUAUGCCCCUACUCAAUGCCCUAACCCGCCAGCAACAAAUGCGCGAGCAGCAACCCCAACAGCUGCAGCUCUUUGGCGCUGUGAGUCUUUGGACGGCGCCAGUCGGUGUUGCUCUUGCGGGCAUCGUCUGUCUUGCAACUGCCUCUCUUCUCUAA